CCGCUUCAGGUUUCACCGAACGCAGGCUGCAGAGCCGCCGCCGGAGCUCCACCUGCACCCGGACACAACGCACCUUCUUCUGCUGCACAGCGGUGAAAUGCUGCCGGGAGUCUGCGUAUGACCAAGUAUGUCGUCAGACUUCUGCUCCAGAGACGAUGUGGUGGACCGGGGGCCCAUCCCCCUCGACAUCGACAAUGUCCACAUGCUGCUGCAGGUGGAACAAGAACAGAUUCAGAAGAGAACCUUCACUAACUGGGUCAACGCUCAGCUGGCAAAGAGGAGGCCGCCAUGUAUGAUCGCGGAUCUGUUCAAUGACUUCCGCGAUGGCGCCAAACUGUUGGACCUGCUGGAGGUGAUGAGCGGCCAGCGGAUCAGUCGGGAGAGAGGCCGAGGAAUGUUUCAGCACCGGAGCAACAUUGAGAAAGCGCUGUCGUUUCUGAAGAAGAAAUCGAUCAAACUAGUCAACAUAAACAUUCCUGACAUCAUCGAUGGCAAACCGUCCAUCAUCCUGGGCCUCAUAUGGACAAUCAUUCUUCAGUAUCACAUCGAGGAGCUGGCCAGCUGCCUCUCGUUCGACUCCCGCCAGUCGUCCAUGGAGUCUCUGGCCAGCCUGGACACUCGCUCCACCCUGUCGAGUCGCUCGGCCAGCAGCAGCCCGGUUCCUCCCAGAGCUUCGCCGCUGCAUAAUCGCUUCAGGGUCUCGGCCAAGAAGGCUCUGCUGCUCUGGGUCCGCGAGCAGUGCCACAAAGCUGGCUGCACGAUAACUGUGAAAGACUUCAAGGCGAGCUGGAGGAGCGGCGUGGUCUUCCUGGCCAUCCUGUACGCUCUGCGGCCCGACCUGGUCGAUCUGUCCAAAGCCAGAACCAGGAGCAAUAAGCAGAACCUGGAGGAGGCUUUCCGCAUCGCAGAGAAGGAGCUGAGGAUCCCCAAACUGCUGGAGCCUGACGAUGUGGACGUCCGAGACCCGGACGAGAAGUCCAUCAUGACCUACGUGGCCCAGUUCCUGCAGUACUCCAGAGACCUGCCGGCGGCCGAGGAGGAGAUGCAGACACAAUACCUGACUCCUCCUAAAACUCCUUCUCCCAUCAACCUGCCUGUCCACUACACUCCUGCCAUUUCUGCUUCACCUCUUCGACAGGCGACUCCUGAUCGCAAAGCUCAGGAGGUGACGUGUUGGCUGGUCCAGGCCUACGACGAGCUGCUGGAGGGAUGGGACUCCACCGAGGGGGAGAGUUACUCAGAGAGAUACCACGUGUUCCAGACCUUCCUGGUGUCCUUCAACGAGCAGCGGCGGCCCAUCAUGCCUCUGCUGACGGCCAUGCGACGGACGCCGAAGCUGAGCGACGAGCAGCGAGCGCUCAGGGAGGCCUGGGACGCCCUCACCGAGAAGAUCCGCGAAUACAAAAUCGGGCUGGACAUGAGUCUUCCUGCCCCCCUGGACGCCGUGGCUCGCUGGCUGCUACGAACAGAAGGAGCUCUGAGCGAAGAGGAAGGAGACCCUCAGGACCACGGCCGAGCUGCCUACGACGCCAAGGAGAAGCAAGAGCUGCUCAGAGUUUGUUUGGAGGAGAUGCCGCAGCAGGUGAAGACCUUCCAGACCUUCCAGAACAUGGACGAAGAUGGAAACAUGAUGGUUCCUACCGACAAGAUGGACGAACUCAAGAGGAGGUUCACCAGCGUUAGAGUGACUGCCAAAUACCACGGCAUCAAGCUGGAGUACCGCGAGCACCGGCACACGGUUCUGGAUCUGUUGGGGCAGAUCAGGACCAAGCUCCGGGUCUGGAAAAGACCGUACAUCUCCCCGGAGGCUGUGAGGGUGUUGCUGCAGGAAUGGCAUGAGAUUGUAAACACACAGGAGCUUCCUUCGUUGUUGGAAGCAGCCCUCCGUAAGCUGAAGCAGAUCUCUGAAAAGUAUUCCAGCAAAUCAGCCCUCGCUGCCGACUACCACCAGGUCAGCCAGCAGGCCAAGCAGCUGGAGGAGGAAAGCGCUGCCACACUGGCGGAAGUGAGCGCUUCAAAAACCGCCAUGGGUCGGGUCCUGUCGGCCUGGGACUCGUACAGCGACUGCCUGAGCUCCCUGCAGGCCUGGCUGGAGCAGGGAUCUGCAACGCACCGGCACGGACACCGGCCAGAGGUGACAUCCGAGUCGGUGGCCGAGUGGGGCUCCCGGCAGGCCCACCUGAACGAGGUGGGCACCUUCCUGAUCGAGUCGACGGACCCGCAGACGAGCCGGAGCCUCGCCGAGGAGCUGCGGCGGCUCAACAUGAGCUGGGCCGAGUUCGUCAAGAGGAACACGUUUGAAAGCAUGUUGGAGGCCGGCGCAGACGUCCAGACGCACCCACAGGACCUCCAAGCUCUGAUCCGAGAAGCCACUCUGAUUCUCAAAGAGCCUCUGGAGGCGAUGGCGGGUCCUCUACGCACCUACAGGAAGCGAUUACAGUUCAUAAUGAGGAAGAUCAAAGAGGUGGACCUGGAGGCUCUGGCUCCGUCCCCAGAAAGCACAGUGGAUCAGUUACAGAAGCUGAAGCUGGCCAUACCUGAAGUGAUGCAGACCUUGUUUGAGGCAGAACAGGUGUGUGCCGAGCUGCAGCACAGUGUGUCUGGACUCAACAGUCGACUGGCUGAACUCCUUCUCUGGGAAACCGAGGCCAGGGAGCUCUACCAGCUGCUGAGGGCCGCAGACCGGCAGAAGAAGCAGCAGGGCCAAGACCCACGAGCCAGGGCCAUCAUUUCCCGCGGUCUACAGCUGGAGGGUCAGGUGGUCACAGAGGAGCAGGACCUGCAGGUGAUGAUAUCGACGAGUCAGAAGAACUCUCCCAUCCAGUACCUCCAUGCCACCGCCAUGCAGGACCGAGUGCGAGCUGCUGUUGCUCAGGCGCAGGAAGCCGUUGGCAUGCUGAGCAGCCUGGGAGCCAGGAGAGACCGAAGCAGAAGCCCUCCAGAAGCAGCACCUCCGUCUAAAGUCUUUAUCCAGGCCAAAGCAAAGCCUCAGCAUCUGAGACAGUCAGACGCCGGGCAGCCAACUCAACAGCCGGAGACAAAGUUAGUUUCCCAUCACACUCACGAAACUUUCGUGCCGAAGAUAGUGGUGCAGGAAUACAGAGAAGAAAAGAUGCCUUCUCCUCCGAUGCCAUACAGCUACGCCCAAGCUGUGACAGGGACCAGGACGAAGUCGCCACCAGAAGGCCCGGCUCAGGCUUGGCCAGAGCCCGCUGCACAAAAACCACUGGAGACUCAGGAACAAGUGGUGUUACCACAACAGCAGCUUCUGCAAGAAGGACUUGGCAGACAGACAGAAAAACAGCUAGGACAGCCAGAACAGCAGGAACUCAAACCGGAGCCACCACAAGUACAAGUAGAGCAGCGGGAGUUUGUGCCAACACAACAACCAUGCCCACUUAGGCAGGAACUGGAAGAGUUACCACAACAGCAGCUACUGCACCAAGGGCUUGGCAGACAGACAGAAAAACAGCCAGGACAACAAGAACAGAGGGAACUCAUGCAGAAACAACAGCUGGAGCAGCAGCAGCAGGUAGAAAUGAGUCAGUAUCAAGCCCAACAGUGUGUGGUAACUAACAUACAAGUCGAAACACAAGUUAAACAAACACCGGAGCCCCACGAGCCGACGUCACCUCAACAACCAGCCAUGAAGAAAACCACUCUGAGGUCCCAGGAGCUUCAAAGCAGGAAGGCUCAGGCUGCAAAGAACCGGCCGUGGCUUCAGAAACCAGCCUUGGGAGAGAAGAAAGAACCACCACAUCCAGACCAAGAAUCCUCUCAGGAUACAGUUCAGAGUAGUCAGAUGCAGUCAAGCAGAGAAACAGUGACAUCAGUUCAGGUGGCUUCACAACAUACAGCAACCACAAGGCUGCAGCCUGAGGCUCAUGCAAAAACUACUAAGACGUCACAACAACAGAAUAAAGAGCAACAAAAACAAACACAGCAACCUAAAAAUCUGGAGGAACAGCAGCAGCAACAGCAGCAGCAGCAACAAAAGGAACAACAAAAGCAGCUGGCACACCAAAAAGAACAGCAGCAUAGUACAAGACAAGCACAACCAGUUUCAGAAGCCAAAACUAAAUCCCAGAAAGUAACUGUGAGUCAGUCCCACUCACAAAGAAAGACACAGAAUCAGUCACAAUCGGAUACUAUGGUUCAGUCAGUGGUUCAAGUGCAGAAGCAGUCCACAAAUGUGACUUACAGUACUACAGAUAGCCAACAAUCACUGAAAACAAUGUCGCAAACGACAGUAAGCGAAAGUCAAUCACAGGAACAAAUUCCUCCACAGCCUCAUAGCCCGGUGAAGACACAGUCACUGACCCAAUCACAAGCACACCUACAGCCCCAGUCCCAAACUUAUGUCCCAGCUGGACCUCAGCAAUCUGCGCAGCCACAGGGUCCUGCCCAUAGCCCAUCUGUAGUUCAAGUGCAGACGUGGCCUCAAGGCACACCCUCUUCCCCGAUGCAAGCUCCACUGCAAGGCCAAAUCCAGGCCCCUGUGCCAUCCCACGUCCAGCUUCGUAGUCAUCCACAGUCAUGGGCCCCUGUCAGGUCUCCCUCACCUAAACCACCAACACAGGCCCAGCCUCAAACCCACACUCAGUCGGUAAACAUGGCUCAAACCCAAGCUAUACCAAUGGUUGAUCCUCCAAUCCAGCCUCAGCCCAGGGUCCCACUUCAAAGCCAGCCUCAGCCAAUGAUGCAAUCUCAAAUCCAUGCCCAGUCAGCGGGCCAGGGUCAGACCCAUCAUCAGUCCAUGGCCUACGCUCAAACCCAUCCCCAGUCCAUGGUUCACUCUCAAACCCAUCCCCAGGCCAUGGUUCAUCCUCAAACUCAUCCUCAGUCUGUGGUCCAUCCUCAAGCCCAUCCUCAGCCCAUGACUCAGUCUCAAACCCAUAGUCAGCCAGUGCCCAGGCCAAAUCAGGCCCAACUGCAGGCUCACCAUCAAACCCAAGCUCAACCUGUAGUCCAGCUACAGGGUCACUCUAUGACUCAGUAUCCCAUACAUGCUCAGUCACCAGUCCAGCAGCAAGGCCAUCUAUCCCAGGGCCAGUUGCAGGCUUGGACUCAAGUUAGAGCCUCAUCCCCAAUGCCUAUCCAGCAUCCACAGACUACAGCACAACCUCAGCUUUACCAGCAAGGUUAUCCCCGGGGUCAGUCCCCAUCCCAGCAGUGGAGUGACAAGCAACAACCACCAAAUCAAGCCAGUGCACAGCACAGGCAACCCGUUCCCCAAUCAUACCCGCAGCAACCAGGCCAAACUCCACAUUCUCAGGCGUAUCCACCAGUUCAGGCUGUGCCACAGUGGGCCCAACUAGGGCCUCAGAUCGGACCCCAUGGGUAUUCUCACAUGGGGCCAUCAUAUAAUCAGCCUCCAAUGCAACCUCAAGCACAAACCCAACCCUGGGUUCAAACACAACCCCAAAUGAGGCCCCAGACUCCCAUGCAACAACAGCCCCAGAUGGGCGCUUACAGUGUAGGUCAGACACAACAAGGCCAAGUUCAGCAACAGACUUGGGUUCAGGGACACCCACAACUACAGUCUCAGCAGUAUCACCAGUCUCAGCAAUACAUGCAAGGUCACCCUCAGUCUCAGGUGCAACCUCAGAUACCUCUCCAGUCACAACCCUCACACCAAGCCCAUCCUCAGCCUCCUUCACAGCUCCAACCUCAGCAGACACAGCCGUUGGUCCAAGCAAAGCUCCAUGCGAAGACUCAGCAGUCUCAGUCUAGCAUCCAGUUCCAGCAGCCUACUCCACAACCCAAACAACAGUCCCAGCUCCAAGCACAACCAAUGGCUCAGUUGCCUUCUACCCUAAAGGGCGAAUCAACUCCACAGACAAAACCUCUGCCCCAAUUAGCACCACAAGCAGAGGUCAAAUCACCAACUCAACCUCAGGUUUACUCACCAGCCCAAACCAAGCCUGAGCCACUGCCACAACCUUUCCCUGAAGCCCAGUUGUCACCACAACCUAUGACUCCUUCCCCAAGCAAACCGAAGGUUGAAUCACUGCAACAGCCUAAGGUACAGACACAUGGUACUUCACAACCUGCGGCUCAACCACCAAUUCAACCCCAAGUUCAGCCGCCAACCCAAACCAAGAUUGAAUCACCACAGCAACCCACUGUGCAGGCCCAAGCUGCCUCACAAUCUGCAGUUCAAAUACCAAGUCAACCCAAAGUUCAGUCACCAACCCAAGCCAAGGCACAGUUAGUGUUGCAAUCCAAACCUGAACCCCAAGUUCAAGCUCAGUCACCACCACUGCCCAAAGCCCAAACAACACCACAGUCCCAGGCUCAGUCUCCUCCACAGGCCAGACUCCAGACUCAACCACUUCCUCAAUCAAAACCCCAGACCACCGCCCUCUCUCAGGUCAGUGUGUUGCCUCAAGCCCAAGCUGAGUCACCAGACCUCUGCAUCAUACCUCCUGUUUUGGCCCAAGCACCUCCCCAAGCCUACACAGAGGCCUACAGUAAGGCCCAGGCUUUGGCCAGGAAUGGUUUUGAGGAGGCCAAAGACUGCCUGCAGGCACACAUCCUGGAAGCGAUCAACGUCUUCAAAGACAAACGCGUAUCAGCAGACCAAGCGUCAGUGAAAGAGGAGACUCUGAAGACGCUCGACCCGGAGUUGCUGGAGGAGUUCUUGAGAGCGGCGAAGGGCAUGGAGGCCUUUUGUACGCCCUCACAGCUCAGAGACAUGGAGUUCUUCACCCAGUCUGUCAGGACACAGUGGGAGGCCUGCUUCUCGGCGGACUUUGCGGAGGCCGGGCAGCACCUGGAGGCCUUGAAGGAGCUGUGCGACACCCUGAGCCCCGAGGACGCCCACCGGCUGGCCCAGACUCAGCUCAGGGAGUGUGAGAAGAGGCUGGCCGCCAUCCACCGCCAGUUCAGCGGAGACCAGGACGCGCCGCUGCCCGACGCUCGGAUUCCUGUUGCGUUCGCUGAGGAUCUGACGGCACAAAAGGAACCGACGAAACCGAGUGACAAAGCUCCGGUCACUGCUGAGGUGACGGUGAAGACAGUCGCUGUGGAGAAGAAGGAGGUUGAAAAACAGGCGUCUGUGGAAGAAGAAGUCACCAAAAAGGAGGCUUUAGAAAGGUAUGAGAAUUACAAACGGAGUCUGCAAACCCAACUGGCUAAGAAUGAGCAGAGCAUCAAGGACGUCCCCUCUGACUCGGUUUCCCUGAAAGGCCUUCACACUCGGCUCCAGGAAAUACAGUUUCUGAGGCAAGAGACCGAAUCUCUGUGGUCCGAGUACGCCAACCAGUGUUCCCAGUUGGCCGGGAGCUCGUCCCUGGAGCAGGAGAAGGCCGAGCUGCAGGACCAGUGGCGCAGCCAGCAGUGCAGCCUGCAGCGGAGGGGAAGCUCGCUGGGAGCCGCCCUCCGCCAGAUCGACUCCACCGAGAACCACAUGGUGGACUUCAGCGAUCGGCUGGACCGGUACCUGAGGCAGCCCAAGGAUGUCACGGCGUUCACCCUGGCCAACAGCAACAUCCUCAAAGACAUCAAGGAACUGGAUGAGAACAUCCAGAGCGAGCUGGACCAGCUGCCCCGACUGGACCCAGGAUCCAGCGACCUGGACCCCAGGGAGUGCCUCCCUCUGACCCGGGAGGUGGAGACCCACAGGACCAGCCUGGACCAGCUCCGGCAGCAGGUCCGCAAGAGCGAGGCCGCCGCCCGGGCCCUCGACCGCUUCCUCAUGUCGCUGCGCACCGUGGACGAGGACAUCUCCGGGGUCCAGGACGCCCCCUGCAGCGACGCUGUGGUGCUGCAGGACCGUCGCUCCAAGCUGGCGCUGAUCCGGCAGAGCAUCGACAGCCUGAAGGAGAAGGCGCCUCAGCUGGACGUGCUGCUGCAGGGAGCCCGGCUGACGGUGACCAGGGAGGGCGUCCCGGCCUCCUGCCUGGACAUGGUGACCGCCCUGCUGAGGAGGCUGGAGGAGGCCGACGGCGGGCUGGCCGCCCAGCAGAAGGGCCUCCAGAAGGAGAGCCAGAGCAAGUCCCUGGGCCUGAGGAUGAGGACGAUGCUGGGGGAGCUGAGGAAACUGCAGGAGACCAUCGAGGCGCAAGGACUGAAAGAGCCCACCAUGCCAGCGGUCCAGCACCGACUUCGCGCUCUGUCGGAUCUGGAAGGUCAACUUCAGGCUCAACACUCGGAGCUGCAGAACCUUCGAGAGCUUCAGGAGAAACAGGGUGGAGGAGAAACGGUCGUGCAGGAGCUGGAGACGCAGUGGAGGGACACUCACAGGGCUUUUUCUGACAGGAAGAAGCAGUGCAGCGCUCUGUUGGAGCUGCUGAAGAAGUUCCAGAGCUGCCGCGGUCAGCUGAGCAACAGCAUCCAGAAGGCCGAGCAGACCAUCAGCGACCAGGCGUCCUACAUGGGCAAAGACAACCUGCAGAGGAGCAUCACUAAGGUUCGGGACAUCAAGGAGGAGCUGGGCGGCCUGGGGGAGCAGAUGGAGGAGAUGAGGGCAGUUUGCAAACAGCUGCAGUCCGAGCUGAAGAAGAUCCCAGACGUCAGCGAGACGCCGUUCGAGGCCGAGGCCGAGAUGCUGAUGGACAACUGGCUGGACGUGACGGAGAAGACGGACGCCUACAUGGACAACCUCCGGGUGGCUCUGGAGCUCUGGGAGAAGCAGCUGAUGCUGGGUGGCGAGGUGGACGCCUGGGCCGGAGCCAAACUGGCCACGUUCGCCGAGAGCCACCCGUUCCACGACGAGAAACAAGUGCUGGCCAUGAGGGAUGAGAUCAAUGCCAACGAGGAGAACAUCGCUCAUUUCCACAAGAAGUCUGCAGAGAUCCAGGAGAUGCUACAGAGUCAGGAGGCUCCGCUGGAGCUGCAGGUGAUGGAGACCCAGCUGAAGAAGAGGAUGGAGCAGGUGAAGGAGCUGUUCACCGACUGCACCGACGUCUUCCAGGAGCUGGUAGCUGUGAAGAAACACCUGGCCGAGAAGAUCGAGCACUGCCAGUCUGCCGUGGAGAACACCCAGGGCCGCCUCAGUCAGGUCGACGCCGCAGGGCCGAAGGUGGAGGCCCAGAUUCAGGAGCUGAGCGACGACCUGGAAUCUCAGGAGGAGCAGGCUGAGGCCGUGCUGAAGGAGGUGGGCAUGGUGUCCAGCGUGGCCAGUCCACAGGUUCUGGAGGUUCUGUCUGUGGACUGCAGCCGGCUGAGAGAAGCCAUCAACCGAACCAAAGACAUGAUCCACCUGAAGAGGGAGGAGCGAGACAAAGGCCUGCUGAAGGUCCUCAAAGAUGAGCGACAGUCCUUCGAGGGAUGGUUCCAGGACUUGCAGCUGGCCGUCAACGAGUGCUUCGAGAACCCUGAGAGCAAAACGGACGUGGAAACCUUCGUGCAAAGACUGAUGGCGUUCCUGAAGUCUAAAGACGCCGAGCGACGUCUGGACCAGCUGCAGGACCAGCUGCAGAGAGGCAGCCGGCAGCUUCCUCCUCAGCAGCUGUCCGAGCUCUCCGAUUGGCUGAAGGAGCAGCGGGAGGAGGUGUCCACCUUCAGAACCCACUGCCAGAACCGGCAGGAGCAAAUGGAGGCGCUGCUCAGCGACUUGAACAGUCUGCAGAAGCAGCACGACGGCUUCCGCGAGUGGCUUCAGAACAAAGAGAAGCAGUCGGCGGUGUCGGAGAAGGUCAGAGGUCUCCUCAAGGAGCUUCAAGACGAGAGCAGCAGAGCCGAGAGCCUCCGCGAGCUGCUGGCGUCAGUACGAAGGCAAGGAGUCCGAGGAGAAGCCCUCCUGAAGGACGGAGACAAUCUGAUCCAGCGCCACAGGAACCUGGAGGCUCGGCUGCAGAAACAAGCCGAGGCCCAGAACGCUCUGGACGCAGAGAAGCUGAAGGUGCAGCAGCUGGUCAGAGACACCGAGAACCAGUGGAGGGAAGCUCUGCAGGCCGCCGAGGAAGCUCUGAACCAGGCAGAAGCUGGAGCUCUGUUAGACAGAGAACUGGAAGCUUUCCAGACCCAGAACGAAGGUGUCCAGUCGUGGAUCAGAGACCAGGACCAGAACCUCAGGACUCUUGGAGGCCCCGUGCAGCUCGAAGAGAAGCUCCAGGUCGCUCAGGCCAUCCUGAGCUCCAGGCCCGACGCCGAGUCCAAGCUCCGGGACCUGAAGCAACGAUCCGCGAGUCUGUGUGAGAACCAGAACCUGGAGGAGGUCCGGAGGCGGCAGGUUCAGGACGCCGUCGGAAACGCAGAGGAGCAGUGGAGGAAAGUGGUGCAGGCGGCCGAGGAGAGUCUGAAGCAGGCGGGGAAUGAAGCUGCAGCUCAGAGAGACCUGGACGCCUUCAGAACCCAGAACGAGGCCGUGCAGUCGUGGAUCAGGGAGCAGAAGCAGAAGGUGCUGGGACUCGGAGGCCACGUGCCGUUUGAGGAAAGGCUGCAGGUUGCACAGGCCGUCUUAAAUUCCAAACCCGAAGGAGAGUCCAAGCUGCUCGAGCUGAAGAGACGAUCCGAGCGUCUUGGUGAACACCUGCACGAGAUCAGGAAACCGGAGGUGGAGCAGCUGCUGAGGCACAGCGAGCAGCUGUGGGCGGCGGCGGUGCAGGCCGCCGGGCAGGCCGAGCUGCGAACGCUGUCAGACGACUUCGACUCUCAGAGCAAGAACACUGAGUCCUGGAUCAGGGAGAAGUUGCAGAAGCUGCAGUCGGCAGGUGGCAACGCAACACCUGAGGAGAGGAGCAACACAGCUCAGGCCGUCCUGACCUCCAGACCCGAGGGCGACCGCAUGGUGAACAACCUGAGGAGACGAGGACAGAGUCUGUGCGACCGUCCGGACGCCGACGAAGGCCGGAGAGUCCAGGUUCAGCAGAUGGUGAAAGACACCGAGGAGAUGUGGAGGUCGACUCUUCAAACCGCAAAGCAGACCGAAGCUGCUGCAGGAGCUCAGAUGGCCCAGGAGGCCGAGAGGAGGAAGCUGGAGCUGAAGGAGUUUGAUACCCACCAGCGAGACACCGACCGCUGGCUGCAGGACCUCCGACAGCAGCUGGACUCUCUGGGAAGCCGAACCGAAGCCGAGGACAAGCUGCGAGCUGCGCAGGACAUCAUGAGCUCCAAGCCCGACGGAGACUCCAAACUCCAGAAGCUCAAGAGACAAAGCCAGAGUCUGUCCACUCAGGACGUCGACGAACACAAGAAACAAGAGCUUCAGCAGAAAGUGAGAAACGCCGAGGAGCGGUGGGCCGAAAUCCUGCAGGAUGCCAAGCAAGCCGUGAGUCAGGCAGAGAGGCAGCAGGCUCUGGACGGUCAGCUGAAGGGCUUCAAAGCCCUGAAGGAGAACACCAGAGUCUGGCUGCAGGAGAAGCAGCAGAGCCUCGACUCUCUGGACCGUCAGACGGAUCCAGAACAGACCAUAAACACUGCACAGACCGUCCUGAGCUGUAAGCCCGAGGGAGACUCCAAGCUGACGGAGCUGAAAAGACAAAGCCAGAGUCUGUCUGACCAGGAGGACCUGGAGGAGAACACCAGGCUGGAGGCUCAGCAGACGGUGAAAGACUCGGAGGAACAGUGGAAGACAGUUCUUCAGGCUGCUGAGAACACCCUGCAGAAGGCCGAGGUCCAGUACUCGCUGUCCAGGGAGCUGGAGGCCUUCAGAGCCCAGGCAGGAAGCACCAAAACCUGGGCUGAAGGUCUGCAGAAGCAGGCCGAGUCCAAGGGGAGCGGCACUCAAGGCAGCAAGGCUGAGAUAGAGGAGAGACUGAACACAGCACAGGCCAUUUUGAGCUCCAAGUCAAACGGCGAGACUCAAGUGACGGAGCUGAAGAAACGAGCUCAGAGCCUCUGUGACCAGAAGGACUUGGACGAGGAAAAGAAGGUGGAGGUCCAGCAGACAGUCAGAGACGCUGAGCAGCAGUGGAGGACGGUUCUGAAAUCAGCAGAGGACACUCAGAGGCAGCUGCAGGGUCUCGUCGACCGCCUGGUUUCUUGUCAGCUCCAGCGAGGCCGAGCUGAGGCCCGUCUGGCUGAGCUCCAGAAGCAGACGUCCGACCUGCCGAGUCUCUUCCCGUGGCCGGGCCUGGGGGAGCGCCGGCAGGCCGUGGAGCAGGCCCGGACCCUGUUGGACCAGACCACGGCUUUGGCCCCGGUCCUAGCAGACGUCCGCACACAGGCUGCAGAGCUGUUUGAAACCACUCAGGACCGAAGCUGGUCCGAUCCGUCCUGGGCUGCCAAAGAGGAGUCCAUCCCAGCGAUGCUCAAACAGCUGACCGACGCAGUGGCUGACCUGGAUCAGGGCAUCCUGACGGAGCGCCAGUGCACCCAGCUGGUGGAGCAGCAUGAAGCCGCUCAGGACUGGCUGAGGGAGCAAGUCAAAGGCCUGGAGGCUCCCAAAGAAGACCGACAGAGUCUGCACAGCGCCGUCAACACCCUGAAGGCUCUGCUGCAGACAGUGGACCGUGAGCAGAGGGAGAUGAAGGAGCUGGACUCGGCCCGAGACGGCCUGCUGAGCCUCUGCACUCCCGGCGGUCGGGACGCUCUGACGCUGGAGGUCGGUCACCUCCACGACCUGUGCUCGGCCUCAGAGCAGGAGGUGAGGCGGCGGCUGGAGGCCUGCGAGGCUCAGCUGGAGGAUCUGGACGGCCAGCUGGCCAAGAGGGCUCAGGGCCUGAAGGACCGAGCUGCAGCGCUGCAGUGGGAGCUCCGGUCUCUGGACCAGGCGCUAAGCUACAGCGAGCCGCUCAACAACGUCACUCAGCUGCAGCAGCGCUGGAACAGCCUUCAGAACUGCGAGAAGUCACUGAAGGAUCUGGGAGUGAAGGUUCACGAUCUGCACCAGGAAGUGAAGUCGUCCUCCAACGAGCUGCCGGCAGAAAUCACCAGCGUGGUUGAGUCUUUGUCCCAGAAGCACACCAGCUUAAAGUCCAGACUAACUGAUCACCAGAACAGCUGCUCUACAAACACAACUCGCUGUCUGACUGACUGCCUUCAAGCCCUGCAGCAGUGGAACCACAGAAAACCAGCAGAGUCCAUUUCAUCUGUGCAGGUGACGUUGGAAGAGGGUGCAAAGCUGCAGGUCGGCCUGCAGGAGGCGCUUUCUCACCAGCAAUUUCUGAAAGCCUGUCUGAUGCCAGACAUGUUUGAGAAACUGGAGAAGGAAGGCUCAGAAACACUCAGGGAAGCAGACACCCAGAAAGCUUCUCUAAAUAAGAGCUUAAAGGAACUUGAUGAACGGAGUAAACAAAAGCAGCCUGAGGUUCAGUCCUCUGAUGUCCUUCGUGGUAAUCUGGAGGAGACAAAGACUUCUGUUGUUGCACCACCACGAAAGAACAAACGCUCGCCUGAGAAAAAGUCUCAAGUACAGCCAGACAUCUCCUUAACAGAACCGUCUGCAUCUAUCGAAGAAGAAUUAUCAGUUUCAAUUGAGGCGGUGCAAGGUGAGGCAAAACCUGUUGUGACAGCAGUCAUGAAAGACACAAAAAGCACCAUUGUUGAACAAACCGCAAUUGUCCCGACAAAAAGAAAAUCUCAGAGACCAACAUGUGCCUCAGAAACUGUUACAGAACCAAGUUAUAGCACUUCUCAAGAAGCACAGAUCAAAAGUGUUAAGCUGGAUGCCACAGCUGACCAGUUUGCACCUGUUGCUAGUGCCGAAACUACACCUGUGCCGUCCAGGAGAAAGUCCAAGACUAAAACAGAGUCUGAAAUGGUAAAAACUGUUACUACUCAAGCGCCACCCACAGAUCAGAAAGGACCUGUGGUGGACGAAGCAACACAAAAAGCAGCCACUCUUCUGUCAGAGCUAAUCACUGCUGUCCCAGGAACAACCGAUGCUGCAAGUGAACCCACCAGCAAAGUGCAGGAGAUGGUGAAAUCCUCUGUCAAUACGUCAGUCACUGAGCAGGCCAAGACCAAGGUUAUUGAUGCAAAACCUGCACAGGUCAAGGACAACUCUGAGAAUGUCAUGUCUCUCCUAACCCCAAAGCCUGUGUCACCUGUUGAAGGAACUACAGGUGUGGAGUCUGUACCAAAGGAAACUGAAACUGCUUCUGCUUCUGAACAAAGUGAGAUUUUACCACCCAGGCGCAAGUCGAAGAGCCCAAAACUUCCUCUGAAAUAUCCUGACCAGCAGGCAGCACAGUUUAAGGAGGAACCUGGAAGUCAAAAGUCUGUUUUGAGUUUGAGGGAGCAAACUGAAAGUACAGAAGAAACAAAACUUGUUCCAGCAAGAAGAAAGUCAAAGAGUGCAGAACCUACCGCAAUGUCCCAGCAAGUUGUUGCCCCGAGUAGAGGUACUGAUGUGGAACCUGAAGAUAUUAAGAAAGAACCUGGCAGUCUAGAGUCUUCUUCGACUCCACAAAUUGAAAGAAAACCAACAGAAACUAAAAUUAUUGUGCAAGAAACUAAAGUUGUACCAACCCGGAGGAAGUCCAAGACUCUUGAGGUUUCCACAGUUCCAGAGCCAGUGUCUCCCCUUGGUAGCGGUCCUGAUGGGGUGUCUAAGGAAACCAAAGAAGAACCUGUAAAGUAUUCAACAACCCCAGAGCCUGUUAAAGCUGAACCGACUGUUGUUGAAAAAAGUCCUUUUCUACCUCCGAAGAGAAAGUCAAAGAGUGCAGAGGCUACUGAGGUACCGCAGACAAGGGAUGAUCCUGAAAGUCAGAAGUCUUCUUUGAAAUCCAAUGACCAGGAUAAAAGUGUUGUUACCGAAGAAGCAAAACUGGUACCUGCCAGAAGAAGGUCAAAGAAUGGCGACCUUUCUACAACUUCUGAGACCCUUGUUACCCACGCUGGAUCACCAGAUGUGGAGCCUGAACAAAACAAGAAAGAAACUGUUGGUCAGAAGUCUGAAAGCACUGCUGUAGAGAAAGGUAAACUUUCACCCACCAAAAGAAAGCCUAAGGGUCUGGAACUUUCUCGCAAGGAGGAAAAGCCUGACAGUCAGAUGCAGAAAGCUGCUGUUGUAGAAGAAACUAAGAUUGUAGCUACAAGGAGGAAAUCAAAAGAAGGCCCUGGCAGUCAAAGGCCACCUUCGACUACUGAGGUGGUCACAGGAACAUCGGAGACUACUGCUAUGGAAAAAGGAAAGCUUUCACCAACUAAGAGAAAACCAACAGGUAUUAAACUUUCACCAGUGCUUACUACCAAGGAGCAGACAAAGAACAAGGAUGAGCAGGAGUUUCAGACGCCACCGUCAACUCCAGAGGUGGUCAGAGCAACACCUGAAACCACUGUUGUUGAAAAAGGAAAGCUUUCACCAACCAAGAGAACGCCAAAGGGUCUUAAACCUUCCGCAGAACUUACUACCAAAGAGCAGACAAAGACCCAGGAUGAGCUGGAGUUUCAGACGCCACCUUCAACUCCAGAGGUGGUCAGAGCAACAACUGAAACCACUGUUGUUGAAAAGGGAAAGCUUUCACCAACCAAGAGAACACCAAAGGGUCUUAAACUUACACCAGAGACCAAAAAAGAACCUGAAUCUGUGAAUGCCAGAGAGAAAACUGGAGCUACUGCUUCAGAAAAACUUGAAGUUGCACCCGCUAGGAGGAGGUCAAAGGACUCUAAAGAAGCUGUGAAAGAAACUCUGAGUGGAAAGCCGGCUGUAAGCGCAACAGGGGUCACACGACCAACUAAAACUGCUGUUGAAGAAUCAAGUAAGCUUUCACCAACUAAAAGACGGUCAAAGGUUUCCCUAGAACCUGUUAAAAAAGAUGGUGUUCCCACCAAGAAGGAAUCUGACAAUGAGAGGUCCUCAUUGCCGUCCACCGAGCAAACUAAUGUUGCAGUUUUGGAGGGAACUAAGAUCGUACAAACCAGAAGAAAGUCAAAUGAACUUUCUACAGUUCCAAAGUCAAUCUCUACUCCUGGAAAACAUACAGAUGACAAGACUGUAAAACCUUCUAUGGCUGUAGAGGUUGCUGUUGUAGAGAAAACUGAACUUGUACCAACUAGGAGAAAGUCAAAGAGUCUAGAGCUUCCUGAAACUCCACAGACAGUUGAUGUUGCAAAAACCACUACUCAUGUAGACCCUGAACAAACCAAGAAAGAGUCUGACAGUCCAGAACAGAAACAAGAUUUAGAGACGAUUGUCGCUCAGGUUGGUGGCACCGAUGCCAUUCAGGACCUUCAGGGAAAGAAAGUGGUCACGGUCACUCUCGAUACAACUGAUGUUUUUGUACAAAUGCCUGAUGCUCAACCCCAUAAAGUGGAUACUUCAACUCCUCAUGCUGAACCCGUUGAGUCUGUUAUUCAGCCUGUUUCAGUUACAUCUCCCAAAUUGGAGGAACCUAAAGACAGACCAAAAAAGGGCUCAGAACCAAUCAUGAGAACCGAAAGAGAUUUAUGCACAGUCCCUCAAACACAACCACCUCUCUCUUCAGACACGACAGACACACUGUAUGGACCAGAUUAUAUUGACAAAUUGUGGAAAAACACAGAUGAGACUGAGAAGAGAUAUCUGGUCCUUGAUUUGCCUGAUGCAGGAGUCACCCAGACAUAUGAGAUAGGGCCAGAUCAACCUAUCCUAAAUAUCACAAAACCUUUGUCUGGGACUGGUUUCAUGCAGUUUACCUCUGCAGUUUCUGAAGUGCUGCAACCUCCUCAUGAGGGAGAUAUAAGCCCAUCGGAUCAAGAAAUUAAGAAACUAAGUGAAAUCAUGAGUCAGCUGAGUCUGCAGUCUCCACAGGAAGCACCACAGGAGAAACUCAAAGAGGUAAAGGAUCAUGGUGUCCAGAAGGAACAAACUGAAGUGUCAACACAAGGCGUCCGAGAUUCCCCAGAGAGCCAGGGCAAGUGGUCCAUUCAGAAAAUCCUAACGGGGCCUGAAGUUCGCAUUCUGCAGCUAGAUAUAGAAGAGAAUGUGACGUUCACGAGCGAGCCAGAGGUGGAUAUUGUUGAACCAAGUGUCCAGAGCAAAGAUGCGCAAGAAAGUAGAACUGAACUUCAAGACAAUGUCACUCAACGCACCUCUCCUGCUCCCAGAGCUCAGGCAGGAAUAGAAUUCAUAGAAAUAAGCCUAUAUGAGCAAAAACCUGACCAAACUGAGACUCAAGUAGCCAAACCCAAAGUGGUCCAAGAACAGCAUCUCGGUGUAGACAGAGCGCCCAAAGGCUUGGAUGAAAAGUCAAAAGCUAUGAUUGAGGAAACCCACAUAGAGCCUCAAGUGUGCAUUCUACAACUGGAUAUACAAACUAGUCCAGAAGAGCAAAGAAACACCUCUGUCACAGAAGCAAAACAGCCACAGAUAGAUAUUGUCGAAGGAGGUGUCCAGACCACAAGCGAAAAAGAAAACAAAGAUAAGAAGGCUGCUGAUGUAAUGCUGGAGAAAGCUGCAGUUGAGGUGACUAAGAUAGUAAUUCAAGAAAGCAUCAGUGAAUGUCAGAGGGACUCUGCUCAACCCACCUCGCUGGUUUCUGAGUCAUUGCAGCCUCACGAGACAAAGGUUAUAGAAAUAAGUUUGCAUGGGCAAGAUGCAGGAAGACCAAGCCAAACUGAAACCAAGAUAGAGGUGUUGAAAACCACACCGGCCAAGGAACAAGGGGUCCAAGAAGAGAAACCAGCCAAGGGAGUGGAUGAUGUUCCCAAGAGCUUGGAUGAAAAGUCUGUUCGGGUGGAGGGUGAGCCCAAGGUGCUCGUUUUACAACUGGAUAUACCGACCACACCAGAAAACAAAGAUAAAACUACAUCUGGCAUUCACCCCAAGAAGACAGAAAGAGUGGAAGUACAAGAAGUCAGCAUCGAAAGGCCACAAAAUGUGACCCAGAAUGACUCCACUCAACCUGCAUCUGCUGUUACUGCAUCAGUGCAGCAAAGUGAAACAGAGACAACAUUUGCCAAAAUAAACUUGUCUGAGCAAGAUGCUGCAAAAUCUGAAACUUUGAAGGAGCUGGAUGCCUUGAAAACCACAGAGGUUAAACCCAAGGAGGCCAAGGAUCGCAGUGUGGAAGAAGAUGCUAAAGUUGUUAAAACCGAUGUUCCUGAAGCGCCACAAACUCAGGAAGAAAAGGGUGUUACGGUUAAAGGAAGAGCUGAAGUUCCCGUUUUAGAGCCACAAAAACUGGCCACUGUACAGAAGUAUGAAAUCAUAUCUAUUGCAUUGCCAAAGGUGCCAAAGUUUGACAAAGAUCAAAUAAGUAUCCAGCAUGAAAAGGUAACAGAAAACCAAGAACUGCUUCCUGCUAGUGUUCAGUCAGAAAAGACUGAGAAUGUCAAGGAACGUGGUCACAAAGAAUUAGUUGAAGUCGAGCAAGUUACUGCAAAACCAGAAGCUCUGAAUAAGCUGGACAUCUUGAAAACCACCCAGGACAGACCUAAGGAGGCCAAGGAUGAUGCACCCCAAAGCCUGGAUGAAAAGUCUGUUACAGUGGAGAAAAUCCUCAAAGGAGCCGAAGUGCCUAUUUUGCAACCAGUUAAACCGGUUGAGGAGCAUGAAUUUGCAUCUGUUGCUUUGGCAAAGGCGCCAAGUGUUGGUAAAGAAGAAAAAAUAACAGAAAAUCUGACUUUUGUUGAUGUUCAGCCAGAAAAGACUGAGAAUGUCGUAUCUCGACAAGGUGAGGUUGAACCGAGUCAAAAGGACACUCCGCUAGAACUGUGUGAAACUGCACUGGAGAAACCCAAAGAGACCAAAGAUCCUGGUGUUCAAGAAAAACAAGUGUUAACAUGUGACGUGCAAGAGUCACCCAAAAGCUUGGACGAAAAGUCUGUUGAAAAGACUGAACUCGACACAAGGGCGCCUGAACAUGGAACUGACAAAACAGGAAAGGAACCACAAGUGGAAUCAAGAGUUCAGUUUGAGACAGUUGAAGUUCAGCCUGCAACUGAAGUAGAUGUGCAAAGAAGCUUUACAGUCCAAACGGACAAACUCACAACAGGUGCAAGAGAAGAGAAAGAGGAGCAACAAGAGGAGAAGAUUCAUGGAGGGGAAAGAGGAAACAUCAGUGUAGAACUGCCACUGCAAAUGAGAACUACCACCAGCACCAGUGAAGUGAGGCUUCAGGGGAUGAAGUUGCCGAAGGAGCAGGUGCCUGACGCUGACGGGACGUCACCGGAGGUGCUUCAGAAACCAUCGACUCGCUUUAUCCCCAGCGAAGUAACCCGCGUGGAAGGAUCGUCGCCUCAGGAAAAGACAGCAGAUGUCGUGAAGCCUGAGAAAGCAGUUCUGGAGGCGCCGGACGGAUCUGCAAUGAGGAACACCUUCGCAGAGAUACAGCUGCUGGCAGGAACGGGACCCAACAGUCAGCUCAUAGAGAAUAAACCAGUGGAAGACGCUCCGGAGGCUCUGAUUUCCUCCACCGGCGAUCUAGAUGUUCGUCUCAGCCGGCUCGUGUCCAAAGUCCUGAGCUGCAAGAGCAGCCCGGCCGAGCUCUGCCCGGCGGCCAUGGCCCGGCAGGUGGAGGAGCUACAGGGGUGCAGAGAAGCAGCCCAGGCCCAGGUGUCGUCGCUGUCUCAGGUGAGAGAGGCCGAUGCUGACAACAGCGAUGCUCUGGAGUAUCUGGAGGAUCAGUGGGUCACCGCUGCUCAGGACGCCGCCGCCGUCAUCCAGAACAAAGAGGCUCAGCUACAGCUGGCGACGGAUUACAGCAACCAGGUCCAGACGGCAAAGACGCUGUUGGAGAAACAGACGGCGGAACUGGAGGCUGUGGAAACGUCUCCAGAGCAGAGCAGCUCCAAGGAAGUAGAUCGACUGUGUUCCUUACAGAGGAACAUGGAGGAGAACCGACCGGUCUUCGGAGAACUUCUGUUGACCCACAGCAAGCUGAUCCCCUCCCUCAGCCGGUCUGAACGAACGACUGCGCAAACUGACCUGAAGAACCUGCAAGACUCUUGGAGAACCCUGGAAAGAACCGUGGAGAGCAACCUCCAUCACGCAAAAGCCCAUUCUCAGGUCGCCAGCGGCGUUCUGUCGGAGCUGUCGGGUCUCCAGGAACAUCUGGAGACACUCGGCAAAGACCUGAAAGCCAAGUCGCCUUCCGAGUGGAACUGCAAGAAGGUGCAGCAGCUGAUGGAAGCGAACGCUGAGGUCAAAGCCGCCCAGCAGCAGCUCCUCCAUCUGGAGCAACUGUCGGAGGCGUUGGGCCCCGGCUCAAGGUGGGAAGCAGAAGCUAAGAAGAUGCAUCAGGAGCUCCAGAAAGUCAAAGACAAACUGAACAGCACCGAGGAGUUGGUUUCUUCCCAAACCCUGAGCAGCAGCAGCCCCAUCAUGGAGAAGAUCACCGUGGUGAUGAGGGACGGCCUCGCCUGGGCCAAGCAGACCGAGAGCGACAUCGAGGGCCGGAGGAAGAGGGUCGCCCUCCUCCCCGAGGAGGUGCACCGGCAGCUCCGAGACCUGAAGAAGCUGCAGUCCGAGGUGAUGGCCAAACAGGGCCAGCUGGAGGUGCUGGUGGAGGAGGUGACCGAGCUCCUGCCAGAGCUGGACCAGACCGAGGAGGUGCCCAUGGUGCACGCGUCUCUGGAGUGCCUGGAAGAACUCUCCAACUCCACCACCGAGAAGCUGUCCAAGGCUGAGAAGGAGAUGGAGUCGGGCCUGCAGACCAGGGAGAAGCUGUCGGAGCAGAUCGCCGACUUGGACUCGUGGAUUGUGGCUCAUCUGCAGAGAGAAGCUUCCAGAAGUGCCGACAGCGAACUGAGGAGUCCCGCCGAAUUUGAUCGCAGAGUUCGCCAGAUCCAAGAAACCGUCGGCGAGGCUGAGAAGCAGGCCGCCGUCUGUGAGGCUCUUCUGAUGAAGAGCAAAGACAUCUCCUCUGAACUCAGCGUCACAGAGAACUGUUUGCUCUUCGACAAGCUCACUGGCCUCCAGGAGGACAUCAGGGCUAUCAGCAGCUACGAGAAGGCCAACAAGAAGGAGCUGGAUGAACUCCUCCAGAAUGUGGAUUCAAGCAAGAAAAACCUGGUCGCGGUGGAAAAAAGCCUGAGGCAGAUGCUGGUAGAUCUGAGCAGACACCGGUUCCCCAUCACCAGAGAGUCUCUGCAGGCUCUGGAGCCUUUCAAACACCUGAUUCUGGAGCACAAGUCUCAGGUGGACCAUCUGCAGCCGUGGAUCCCUCAAGAAAAGACUAGAGAGCUGAACUCAGUCAUUUCUGAGCUUCACAGCAAAAUGGUUCUCCUGCAGACGAAAGCCAGAGACCACGAGAGGUACCUGAACCUGAGGCAGUGCGUGGAGGAUCUGCGGGAGAACGUCCAGGAGCAGGUUCUCCAGACCAAAGACGACAGCAGGGACUUGGAGGUGAAGUACAAAACCUGCGAGAGCCUCCUGGUCCAGUUUCCUCUGAUGAAGGGAUUGUGUGACGAGGCUGCCUCCAAACUUCAGGCCAUCUCCGCCGAUCUUUACCCGUCGCAGCUCACCGCAGAGCGCCAGAGGCUGAAGCAGAACGAGGAGAGUCUGGAGACCUGGGAGAUGACGCUCCGCAACAACCUGAGCAUCAUCGAGUGGAGCCUGCUGAAGGACCUGGAUCUCGAGUCGGAGAGGAGGGCCGCCCAGGCGUUCCUCUGGAGGACCCAGCAGGAGCUGCAGAACCUCCCCGUCCUGGAGCCCGACGAAGGGGCGAUCAACAGAGAGUACCGGAGGAUCGUGUCGGUGAAGAAGGCUGUGGAGUCCAGAAUCAGAACGGUGGAAGUUCUGGAGCAGAAAAAGGGAAACAAACAAAGCUCUCGAGAUCUGACGGAGUUGAAGAACGCAGUCCUCCGCGAGUGUGACUCACAAAUGGAGAGCGUCUGUCAGGCCAGAGAGUCUCUGAGAAGCUACACCGGCGCCGUCAGAGAAGCCGUGGAGUUUCUGAGGGACCUGGAGGUCCAGCUGCUGCCUCCUCACGGUUCUGCUGGGUUCUGCUCUGACAGCCUGCAGGAGACCCAGCAGGCCUUAGCCUCGCUGCAGCAGCAGUUCCAGACCCACGUGGAGAAGCUCCAGAACCAGGCCGCUCUGCAUCCUUACCUCUCCCCGCAGAAGGUGGAGCAGCUCCAGGAGAACAUCCUGAGUCAGCUCCUGGUCCGCAUGUCGACUCUGCAGGCGAAGGGCCACGUUCAGCUGGAGCGACUCAGCAGGUGCGCAGAACAGCACAGAAACUACAUGAAGCGUCAGGAUGAACUCGUGCUGAGCGUGAAGACGGCAGAGAACCGACUCUUACAGUUCAUCUCUCAGAAGAUCACAUGCCUGGCCGACUGCACCGAGCAGGAGUCGAAGCUAACGGCUCUGUGCGAGGAGAUGGAGUUGCUGCUGAGGCGUCUGGAGGAGCUGAAGGAGUUCUGUCCCGAGCAGAGCUGCCGGGGAGGCCGGGAGGCGGCCGUCAGCGCCCUCUGGAGGAGGCUGUCGAGGCUGCGACGCUGCACGAAGGAGCUGAGGACGCGAAGCAAGCAGAGAAUCACAGAGUGUCAAGACAUCACCGACAGCGUGGCGAAGGCCUCGGCCGUCCUGGAGCAGGUGGAGGCGGAGCUUCCCGACGCCUCCGGGGCGAAGGCGUCCACCGAGGAGCUGCAGGACCUGCUGCAGUCCUGGGAGCAGUACCAGGACCGGCUGGACUGCGAACACCGGGCUCUGUCGGCGCUGGAGCUGCGAGCUGCGCGACUGCUGGGAGUCCCCUCCCACCUGGAGCAGGCCCCGCCCAUCCCGCUGUGUCAGCAGCUGCAGAAGAUGCAGGGACGAUACAGCAGGGUGAAGCAGACAAGCAUGGAGGGUCUGCUGGCCACCAGGACGGAGCUGGAGGAGCGGGAGAAGGUCCGGGAGGAGCUGCAGGGUGUCCGGGUUUGGACGGAGGCGGCCGGAGGUCUCUUGGUGGAGAUGGAGAGGAGCAGCAGCACUCAGCAGCUCCAGGACCUGUACAGCCAGCUGUGCACCCAGAAGGCUUUGCUGCAACGCAUCAUGGAGAGCCUGAAGAUGAAAUACUCCGACAUGUACACUCUGGUGCCGGUCGAGGUCGACAGCCAGCUGCAGGAAGUCACGACGUCGCUGCAGCAAGUAGAAGUUAAGGUGGGCGAGGCGGUGGCCAGGAGCGGUCCGGUCCACAAACUGGGAGCCAAACUGUCGGAGAUCCAGGCUGGUCUGAGGUCAGUCCAGAACCGACUGGAACAGAGGAGUCCAACCGUGAUUGAAGCAAAGGUCACCCAGAAGCGUGUCUGGGACGAGCUGGACGUCUGGCAUUCCCGUCUGGCCGCCCUGGAAGUGGCCAUGCAGGACCUGGAGAAGCCUGAGGAGGCUUUGAUCCUCACCGAGAGGCUGGUGGAGGUUCAGCAGCUUCACUCACUGCUGGCCAAGCAGGCAGAACAGAGGACGACGCUGCUCAGCAAGAUCCACACGUGGCUUCAGGAGCAUCAAGAGAUGAUCAACAGCUCCAAGAGCUGGAUGACCGAAGCCCAGUCGUGGCUCGCCGCUCCCUGCACCUACACCACUGCCAAGUGUCUGAGCAGCCACGUUCACGCCCUGCAGAUGGUGCUGGACGACUCGGCACAGAUCCGAACCACGCUGCAGAACUUCAGCUCCGUGCUGAAGGAGAUGUCUCAGGUUUGCGAUGUCACGACUCUGCAGGAGCAGCUGUUGGAGGCCGACCACCGGGUGGCCGACGUUCAGGACAGUUUCACGGCUCCUCUGUCUCAGCUGGAACAUGCCGCUGCCGAAGUGGAGGCCAUCGAGAGUGAAGUCAGGAAGAUGGAGGGCGACGUAGCUGAGAUCAAGACUUUGCUGUCGUCUCCAGAGUCUUUACCGAGCCCCCGAGAGGACAGCCUCAAACUGGUUGAGCAGAGGAUCCAGUCGAUGAGGAGGACAGUCGCUGAAAUCCAGAAGUGCAAACCGGGACUCUGUCUUCCAGAAAAGGCCGAAGAGACUCUGACUGUGUUCAGCGUCGUGGACCAGCUGCAGACACUUCUGCUCGAACUGGAAAAGAAGGUUCCCGCUCUGUUCAUCCAGCAACCUCCGACUCCAAUCCAGGCCAAAGCUCAGUCGGCCAAACAGGCCACGUCUCAGCCUCAGCUGCAGAAAUCCACUUCUGGGGAGGCUGAGAAGGAGGAACAGGGUCAAAUCAGAAUUGUCCACGUUGAAGAAGACGUCCUGAGGAGAUCCGGAGCGACGCUGCUGACUGUGGAGCGAACCUCACCUGAGCAGAGGCAGUCCUGGACACCUGAUUGGCAGCGUGAGCAUCCCGUCGUGCUCCGGGCUGAGGGCGAGCAGACAGUGGAGGAGUUUGGAGGCGGUGUUUUCUGGUGGCUCUGGGAUGCUUUCCUGGGCACUAUGCCAGAGGAACCCGCCGCCGUCGUCGUCUCAGGAGAGGCUGAAACUGCCGCCAGACGAAGCACCGGACAGGCUGCAGCAGAAAGCAAGGAUGUUGAGGUCUCCACUGACACCACCGAAGCAAGUUCAUCCGAAGCUUUAUCAAAACCGCUGGCCACAGUCAGAACUCAGUCACUGCCUGAGAGCAUGGUAAACACUGCCUCGACCGUAACGGCCUCCAAAGCCGACUCCGGCUCCCAGCAGAAAUGUAUCCACAUCGGAGCGUCUUGUCCUGCCGUCCUGGAGCUCCGAGGCUCAGCUGGGUUUGUUGUGUUUCAGGGAGCGGAGGAGCCGGAGAGCCCUGAACGCGUCCUCCAUGCCUGCCUGGACCGAGCCGCCCAGCUGGAGCUGUGGCUGCAGGACACCCAGAGGAGCCUCACGGCCGCCGGACCCAACAUGCAGGACAGCGUGGAGCAGCGACUCCUCACCUGUCAGGAGACGUUUGUGGAGCUCGAGCAGAAGGUUUCCAGCCUCUCGGCCUUCGGUCCGGCCUCCGACCAGCAGCUGGGUGAACUGGGAGCUGUGGGAUCCCAGCAGGAGGCAGCAGAACUUCUGGCUUCCAGACUGGAGCUUCUGAAGUCCAACCUGGUCUGUUUCCAGAAGCUGCUGCAGAACAAACAGGGAGACGAGAAGAUGAACCAGAGAGAACCUCAGCAGCAGCCGUCAGAGCGCCCCCAUGAGGCCAGACUGAGGCGCAGCAGCAGCGUUCAGGAGAUUUUCUCUUCGCCACAGAACAAGCUGCUGAGACAGAGCAGCCUGCAGCAGCAGAAGGAGUUGGAGCAACAGCUGUCGGAGCAGAAAGGUCUGACUCGGGCCAUCGCCAGGCAGGGAAGCAGAGCUCGACUCUUCAGCCUAGAAGCAGAACCAGACGCAGAACCAGAACCAGAACUGCUGACACACAGCUCGCCUCCUGCCAGUCCUGAUGCUGGGCCUGACGUGGACCAGGACCCGGUCCUGAGGAGGUGGUCCGGCCUGUGGGCCCGGCUCGGCCGCCUGCUUCCUGCCUCUCAGGUGACAGACUCAUCUCCGAGGCGACGCGGCGGAGCAGCGGGACGCGCCGUCGCCACAAAGAGCCUGAAAGAGCUGCAGAGCUUCAUCAGCCGCCUCAGAGAGCUGCGACAAACAUCGGCCGAGCUGCUGGACGACGCGGAUUCCCGCCGGACGCUGGACGAGGGUUUGUUUGAUGUGCUGCACGGUGCCUCCCUGUCGCUGUCCUCCGUCCACAACAUGCUGCAGACGCCCGCGGAGGAAACACACGAAGAAGAAACUCCGCUGAGGCUGCUGCAGCUGCAGAGUCUGUCGGCCGAGCUGACCACGCUGGGCUCUGAGCUGGUCUCUCAGGGGUCCAAGAUCAGUCUGGUCCUGGGUUCAGAGUUGGUCCAGCGGUGUUUGGAUGACCUGUGCAGAAUCCUUCCUCUGGUCCAGGAUGAGCUGAGCCGCGAGGAGAAGCAGCUCAGACAGCUGCAGCACCAAACCGCACAAAAACAGAAACAGCUAAAAGAGUUGCAUGCAGCCUUCACCUCUAACCAGCCAACUGUUCACCAAAUAACUAACGAGUUCAGUGGAGCGCUGGGCCUUAAUGAGCAACUGCAGGCCAGCGUUGGGAUGCAGGAGUCUCUGCAGCAGCAAGUCCAGCAGGUGAACUCUCUGCUGGAGGAGGCCGAGCAGCAGAACCUGCCGCCGUCCAUCGUCCAGCAGGCAAAACAGCUGCAGGGUGAGCUGGAAUCGGCGCUCGGUGCUGUCGGUUCCCGCUGUGAGGAUCUGAGGAGCAGCCUGGACCUUCAGCAGCUGUACGAACGUCUGGUCCUCGGCCUGGAGGAGCUGCUCCGUCUGGGCGCCCAGCGCCUCCGUCAGCAGCCCGACGUGGAGCUCCGGAGCAGGGAUGGCCUCCAGGAGCAGCUGGGCAGACACACGAAGUUCUUCCAGUUCCUCGGCCACCACUUUCACAUCCUGCAGCUCAUCUCCAGCAGAGACGUCGCCCCCCGGAGGCAGGAGGGUGUCGUGGCGGCACUGCAGGACGAGGUGGUCCAACUGCAGCAGCAGGGCCUGGACCAAGGAGUCCGGAUGCAGGAAACACUGCAGGCUCGAUGGAGAGCUUUGUGCAAGAGGCUGGAACACAAACAAACCAACUGUGAGAGGAAAAGGAAGCUGAAGAUGAGGUUUCUUCACGAUGCCGUGGCGCUCAGUGAUUGGAUGUCGAAGGCCAAAGCUCUUAUCGAGGGAUGGAGUCAGGUGACCGCUUCAGCCAAUCAGGAGACGGAUGUCGAACAGCGGCAAGACCACUUCUUCCAGUCGGUGGCUCUGACCAAGGAGCUGGAGGUGAAAUGCGACCUGAAGGUGGCACUGCUCGGUUCUGCCGCUCAGCUGCUGCAGCUGAAGGAAGCUGACGGAGAGCCGGAGGACGAAGAGCUCCAGACGGCCGUCGACUCCCGGCUCGGGCAGAUAGAACUGGACUGGAACGUUCUGCAGACGGAGCUUCCUGCCGUCAGACAGGAUCUGAGCAAGCGGUGGAUGGAGACGCUGAACCAGCAGGUGGCGCUGACGGAGCUCCAGACUCGACUCGAUGCUGCCGAGUCGCAGCUGGAGGAACAUCGCAGCAGAGCCGACCAGAACCACCACAGCGGCGCCGACCUGAUGCAGCUCCUGAGAUACUGCAAGGAGUGUCAGACGGAGUUUUCUGCUCUUCAGGCGACUCUGGACUUCGUGAAUCUGCCGCUACAGAGCUGCAGUUCUGAAGAUGACCAGAGGAGGCGCUACAAACACAACCGGUACUCGGAGGAACAGGGUCGACUGAACCACCGGUGGCUCGGUCUGCAGGAAAACAUCAACUCUCAGAUCACGGCGGUGCUGCAGGAGCUGAGGAGCAGAGCGGAGCAGGACGCCAGACUGCAGCACAUCAGCAGCUGGAUCUCAGAGCAGAACAUCUGGUUGGACUCGGCUCAGAGGAGCAGCAGCUGGAUGGAGCUGCAGAGGAGCGUCAACGGCUGCCAGGAGCUGGAGGAGACCAUCAGGCUGAAGGCUGCAGCUCUUCAGGAGCUAAAGGACAAAGUUUGGGUUGGAAACGGAGAAAGCAGCGAUUCUUUGUCUCGGAUAAACGAAUCCAUUCAGGCCUGUUCAGCUCUCAGUCUGAAGAACGAAUCGGUCAAACAGAAGCUGAUUCAGGCUCAGCAGCUCUGGGACGAUGUGGAGAAGAACCAGAACCGUUUGGUGCUGAAAACAGUGAGAACGUCUCAGACUCUGGACUAUUACAGCAGCGCUUCACUCUCCCUGCAGGCUCACAGACAUCAGCAUGAAAAACUCCAGCUUCUGCAUGAGGAGACUAAAGCUACAGAGGCAGAGUGGGAUGAACUGAGUCAAAGCAUUCACUCGCUUAAAGAAGUCAUCAGUCCUGCUGCUGCUGCCAUCAUCACUGAGAGGCUGGACGUACAGAGAGACAGCUGGACUUCGCUGUCUGGAGUUCUGACCCAGCGGCUCCAGAAGACUCUUCAGAUCCUGCAGCUUUGGGAGGUUUACUCUCGGCUGGCCGGUUUGUUCUCAGAGCGACUGAAGGAGCUGCAGAGCGACGCUGCGACCGCACUGAGCGACUCACCUGGACAAGAGAACACCGUGGAGCAGGUGGCCGUGAGGAUACUCAACGUCCAGAGCCUCCUGGGCAGAACCGACUCCCUUCAGUCGGACCUGGACGAGGUGCUGGAAGCCUCCAAGCACCUGAUUGGCCGCCUGGAGCCCUCGGCUGCCGGCCUCGUCCAAUCGGAGGGCCGCUUGCUGUCGCGUGGCGUCCUGCAGCUCGGUGGGAGGCUGACGGGGAAGCUGGGUCGGCUGCAGGAGGAGCUUAAGGAGCUGCAGCAGUUCGGAGGCGAGCUGGAGUCGCUGGAGAGCAGCCUGGAGGUCUGGCAGCAGCGUCUGGAGGCGGCAGCUCCCACCGGCGACCAGUCUGAACUCCUGCAGCUCAGCGGCCUGUCCGCUGACCUGGACGUCCUGAACGAACGCAGCCGCAGCCUGACGCUGGGCGACGCUGCAGCUCGCCGCCUGCAGCGUCUCGACCGCCGCUGGGCCGACGCUGCCGCCAGAGCCGAGGAGGCCUGCAGUGAGCUGCAGACGGAGGCGCUGAGGCUGCAGAGGUUCGAGCAGAAGUGUGAGAGCUGGAUGUCGUUCCUCCAGAGGAUGGAGGACAGUCUGACGGUGGAUGUGGCCGGUUCCUACGGCGGCCUCAGGCAGCAGCUCUGCACCCACAAGAGGUUUCAGGCCGAGCUGUCCAUCGGCCACCAGAUCCUUCAUUCAGUCAUCAGCGAAGCUCUUCACCUGCUGCAGAAGGGAGAAGUGGAGGACAGGAGCGACUUCAUCCUGAAGCUGGCCCAGCUGCGGGAGCACUGGCAGGGCGCUGUGCAACGGGCCGACCAGCGGCGCUCCCUGGUGGAGGGUUUGGUGAAGCACUGGCACCUGUACAGCCGCAGCCUGAGAAAGCUGCAGAGGUUCCUGUCGGACACACAGAACCUCCUUCCUCCGGCCGGACCGGCCCGCUGCAGCCUGCAGCAGCUGCGACGGUCGCUGCAGGACCUCCAGCACACGGAGCUGCUGUUCCAGAGGUACCAGAGCAGCUUCAUCCACACCCUGGAGGUCGGCAGGCAGCUCUUCUCCAUGGGUGACGAGGACACCCAGGCCCAGCUGCAGACGGAGCUGGGGACGCUGCAGGAGGAGUGGGAGAGCCUCCACGGGCUGCUGGGCCGGAGGAUGGAGCUCACCGAGGCCAUCAUCAAGAACUGGGAGCGCUGUGAGGCCGGCCUGGCCGACAGCCUGGUGCAGCUGAAGGACGUGAAGACCAGGCUGAACCAGUCGAUGCCAGAGAGCGACGACGAGCUGCCGAGCGCCGAGCAGCUCCUCAAGGAGAACGAGGACUCCCUGGAGGACUGGGCUGAGAGCCUGACGGAGCUGAGCGCCAUGAAGACGGACCUGACGCAGUACAUCAUCGCCGACGACGUGCUGCUGCUGCAGGAGCAGGUGGAGCAUCUGCACUGCCAGUGGGAGGAACUCUGCCUCAAGGUGUCUCUGCGCAAACAGGAGAUCGCCGACCGGCUGAACGCCUGGAUCAUCUUCAAUGAGAAGAACAAGGAGCUGUGCGAAUGGCUGACGCACAUGGAGAACAAGGUGGCGCACAACUCGGACCUCAACAUCGAGGAGAUGGUGGAGAAGCUCAAGAAGGACUGCAUGGAAGAAAUCAACCUGUUCAGCGAGAAUAAAACUCACCUGAAGCAGCUCGGCGAGCAGCUCAUCACCGCCAGCAACAAGACCAAGGAGACGGAGAUAAACGACAAGCUGAAGGACGUCAACGACCGCUGGCAGCAUCUGUUCGACCACAUCGAGGCCAGGGUGAGGAAGCUGAAGGAGACGCUGGUGACGGUUCAGCAGCUCGACAAGAACAUGAGCAACCUGCGGACCUGGCUGUCUCGCAUCGAGGCCGAGCUCGCCAAACCGCUGGUCUACGACGUCUGCCACAGCGAUGAGAUCCAGAGGAAGCUGGCCGAGCAGCAGGACCUGCAGCGAGACAUCGAGCAGCACACGGAAAGCGUAGCGUCGGUGCUGACGCUGUGCGACGUCCUGCUCCACGAUGCCGACGCCUGCGGCAGCGACUCGGAGAACGACUCGAUCCAGCAGACAACCAGGAGCCUGGACCGCCGCUGGAGGAACAUCUGCGCCAUGUCGAUGGAGAGGAGGAUGAGGAUCGAGGAAACGUGGCGUCUCUGGUGUAAGUUCCUGGACGACUACUCUCGCUUCGAGGACUGGCUGAAGUCGGCCGAACUCACCGCCGCCAACCCCGACUCGGCCGACGUCCUCUACACCUCCGCCAAGGAGGAGCUCAAGAAGUUUGAGGCGUUCCAGCGGCAGGUUCAUGAGCGUCUGACUCAGCUGGAGCUGGUCAACAAACAGUACCGCCGUCUGGCCCGGGAGAACCGGACCGACGCUGCCAGCAAGCUCAAAGUCAUGGUACACGAGGGGAACCAGCGGUGGGACGGUCUGCAGAGGAGGGUGGCGGCGGUUCUCCGCAGACUCAAGCACUUCACGUCUCAGAGAGAAGACUUCGAGGGAACCCGUGAGGGCAUCCUGGUCUGGCUGACGGAGAUGGACCUCCAGCUCACCAACGUGGAGCAUUUCUCCGAGAGCGACGUCGAGGACAAGAUGCGGCAGCUCAACGGCUUCCAGCAGGAGAUCACCCUCAACACCAACAAGAUCGACGCCCUGAUCGUGUUCGGGGAGAACCUGAUCCAGAAGAGCUCUCCUCUGGACGCCGUUCUAAUCGAGGACGAGCUGGAGGAGCUGCACUCGUACUGCCAGGAGGUGUUUGGACGCGUGGCCCGCUUCCACCACCGGCUGGUCAACCGGCGCCCGGUUCUGGAGGAGGAGCGGGAGAUGUCGGACCGGGACACCGACCUGGACGACUCUCCCGACCCGACCGGCGGUUCGUCCUGGACGGAGACGACAAAGAGGAAGGAGGAAGAAGACGGGGCUCCGGCAGGGGGCGGCGCCUCGGCCGGGCGGCAGGUCAUGUGCCACCUGCUGGCUCCGCCCCUGGAGCGGUCGGGCCGAGAGACACCGGUCAGCGUGGACUCCAUCCCCUUGGAGUGGGACCACACCGUGGACGUGGGCGGGUCGUCUUCACACGAGGACGACGAGGACGCCACCUUCUUCAACACUCUGACAGAUGUGAAGGUGACAGAGAGCUCAGAGUGUUUCGUUAAAGCCACCGUCAGGGCAGCGAGAGCCGCCUCCGUGAAAUCGGUGACCGACCCGCCCAACUGGCACCAGCCGGGUUCUCCGGAGAGGAAACGGGUUCCCAGAGAAAGUAUCCGAGGCCUUAGUUCAUCCCCGACGCACAGCGCCACUCCCUUCAACCAGCAGGGCUACGUGAAGCUGAUGUCGGAGUGCAGCGGCAGCAUCGACAGCGUCAAGAGAGUCAAGCUGAUCUUAAACGACGAAGAGGAGUUGGAGGACGGAGGUCUGACCAGCAGCACGGCCAAUAAACAGACCAGCACAGGUGUGAUCGAGCGCUGGGAGCUGCUGCAAGCCCAGAAGUUCUCCAACAAGCCGGACGUGAGGCAGGACCUGGAGCAGUGGCAGAAGCUCAACUCGGACCUCUGUGAUGUCACUUCCUGGCUGGGCCGAGUGCUGCCCGAGCUGGAGAGGCUGCAGAGGAUCGCUCCGUCCACCAGCGUCCGGGACUUCGAGGUCAACAUCAGGAAGCUCAAG